CCCCGGUGUAGUGGCCGUUGUCGGGCGGCCGCCGGCUCAGUGCGGGUCGCAGCGCGGAGCCCGCUCGGCACUCGCCCCCGCGGCGGGUGGGACUGCAGCGGCGGGAGACCUAGCGGCGGCCCCAUGUUUUCCCCCAGCCAGGAGGAGCACUGCGCGCCUAACAAGGAGCCCGUCAAGUACGGGGAGCUGGUGGUGCUGGGGUAUAAUGGAUCCCUCCCUAAUGGUGACAGAGGACGCAGGAAAAGCAGAUUUGCCCUUUAUAAGCGACCGAAGGCAAAUGGAGUUAAGCCCAGCACUGUUCACGUGAUUUCUACUCCUCAAGCAUCAAAGGCCAUCAGCUGUAAAGGUCAGCACAGUAUCUCUUACACGUUAUCCAGAAACCAGACUGUUGUAGUGGAAUAUACUCAUGAUAAAGAUACGGACAUGUUUCAGGUUGGGAGGUCAACAGAAAGCCCCAUAGACUUUGUAGUAACAGAUACUAUUUCUGGAAGUCAAAAUAAUGAUGAAACCCAGAUUACGCAAAGCACCAUAUCCCGUUUUGCAUGCAGGAUUGUUUGUGACAGGAGCCCGCCAUAUACAGCAAGAAUUUUUGCAGCUGGAUUUGACUCAUCUAAAAAUAUAUUUCUUGGUGAAAAAGCGGCAAAGUGGAAAAAUCCUGAUGGCCACAUGGAUGGAUUGACAACUAAUGGGGUGCUGGUCAUGCAUCCAAAAGGAGGGUUCACGGAGGAGUCUAAACCUGGAGUUUGGCGGGAGAUCUCAGUCUGUGGUGAUGUGUACACUCUCCGGGAAACCAGAUCUGCUCAACAAAGGGGGAAACUGGUAGAAAAUGAGACCAACGUCCUGCAAGAUGGCUCUCUCAUUGACCUGUGUGGAGCCACCCUUCUGUGGAGAACGGCAGAUGGACUGUUUCACACUCCAACUCAGAAACACAUUGAAGCUCUGCGACAGGAGAUCAACGCUGCCAGACCACAGUGUCCUGUUGGGUUAAACACUUUAGCAUUUCCCAGCAUCAACCGUAAAGAUGUGGUAGAAGAGAAGCAGCCCUGGGCAUACCUCAGCUGUGGCCAUGUUCAUGGCUAUCACAACUGGGGACAUCGCAGUGACACAGAAGCCAAUGAGCGGGAGUGUCCUAUGUGCAGAACCAUUGGCCCCUAUGUGCCUCUUUGGCUUGGCUGUGAAGCAGGCUUUUAUGUGGAUGCUGGUCCUCCAACUCAUGCUUUCACCCCCUGUGGACAUGUGUGCUCUGAGAAGUCUGCAAAAUACUGGUCUCAAAUCCCACUGCCUCAUGGUACUCAUGCAUUUCAUGCUGCCUGCCCUUUUUGUGCAACACAACUGUCUGGGGAACACAACUGCAUCAAGCUAAUUUUUCAGGGUCCAAUUGACUGAUCUCACUUUGCAAUGACCACAAUAACAUUUUCUUUAACAAUUUACUGUGAAGAUUUUGCCACUAACUCUAGAUUUUACCUUUUUUUAUAAUGUUAUUAAUCGGGUGGUAGGGUGGGGAUGGGGAACUGCCAAGGAAAUUGUGAGGAACUGUGGUGGAAUUGGGAUACAUUGAUACCUGGAACUUGACAGAUAUCAGUGGUGUUGCAUGCUCAAAAGCAGCAUAUUCAUGAAGUCUUCUUGGUCAAAGUGUAGUAUAUUUGUAAUCUUUUAUUAGUACCCUGGCUCAGAAAAAGGUGUCUUAAUGAUUUUUUUAAGCUAAGAUUUUUUAAUGGAAAGGUUUUUUCCUCUAAACUUUGACAAGCCUUUAAAACCUAUUUUUCAAAUCUAGAAGGAACAUACAGAAUGUAACUGUCUUUAAUUUGCAAUAUAAUUUAACUUGAAUAGUUUCUCAAGGAGCUAAUACAGAAUGUGUGGACAACCAUAGGUGAAUGUUCACUAGAGGUAAUUGGAUAUGUAAGAGAAAAAUUAGCUGCCUAAAUUGUAGAGUAUAAAAGCUAUUAAAAUAUCUAUUAUGGUAUAACACAGCUGGCCAAAAAGGCAUCAAAGAUUACUUGAAACUGAGGAAAUCCUGUUGGCAUUGAUUUCCUUUCAGUGUAAUAGAUAUCCACUGUUCAUUGUGUAUGGUAUGUGGCUGGUUUUUUCUUUCUUUUUUUUUCUCCCCUGUUUAACCUGCAUCUGGUGAAACUGCUUUACUUUUUUACAUACUUAGUUCUGUUUUUUAAGCCGAUGUUCUGUAUAUGUGUAGUCCGGCCUUUUUAUUUCUGCUUAACUUCGCUUGCCCUAACUGCUCCUUGCAUGCCCGGGACCAUUGGGUUAAUUGAGAUGUAGCGAGCAUUUAAAAAACUGUAUUAAUGAAGGGGCAGUGCUGCAGCAAGACAGAAGGUUUAGGUAUGUGUAACUUACACAAAACUUACUUACAUAGACCUGAAUUCAGGAAAGCACUUAGUAUGUGUUUAAAUAUAAGCCCACGGAUGGGACUGUUUAGAUUCUCAAGUGCUUCAAUGGAUUGUGGUUAUAUGCUAUUAUGUUUUGAAAUAAAAAAGCAAUUAAAAAUGCUUUUUUUUUUAAGCUCACUUACUAGCCAAAAUGCUGUAAGGAGAGCAGUCGUUUCUAAUUCAGCUGAGUAUUUUUGUUGAAUUUUCAACUUGCUGCCAUCUGUCACCUUUUUUUGCAGAUUGAGAUGUGUUUGUAUCCAUUUUUUAAAUGUUUGCAAAUCAAAUAACAUGCAAGUGUAAUCAAAUAUAUGCACCAGGGUGGUACAUCUGAAGUGGAUCACUUGAAAUUCCUGACUUGAAGAGAGCUGAUAAAUGUUUACUAUGGAAAUAAUUAAAUCAGAAUUUCAUGAGAUGUA